GCUAGUAAGUGUCGCAAAUUACUGUGGUAGAAGAAAAGCAAAUUGGAUUAGGUUAGUAUUACAGAGGAAAGGCAUUAACAUUGCAGUCUGAGAGGAUGGUUCGGAUUUUGGCCAAUGGAGAGAUUGUGCAGGACGAUGACCCCCGGGUACGGAAAACCCACAAUCGGAGAGAGGAGGUCCAUGUGCCCCGGCAGGGUUUCAUCCAUCAGACUCGCGGUGGAGCGCAGGCACAGAACACACCACAGGCUCCUCAUGCUCCCAGGGGUCAGGGCCGCUCCGCCUUCUCUGACAUGAAUCAGCUGCUGGUCAACCUGGGCUUCCCCCGCUGGAACCUGGGCACGCAGGUCAUAGAGCCGCUCAUGUCUGUCGGGCUGCUGCUGGUCUUGGCCGUGGUGGGGGUCCGGGGGGCCCUGCUCAUGGGGCUACUCUACGUGGUAGUGACCCGCAGCCAGCAGUGAUCCCACAGGGACCCCGAGCCCUCGGCAUGCCAGCCUGGACUCGGAGCACACAGAGCAGCUUUCCAAUCCAGGGCGCUCCUGCAGGCUUCUGCUGGGAUUGCUGUAAGAAUAUGGAGCAUGGCACAUGGUCUGUCUUGAGGGUCUUCACUGUUUUAUCUGCAUUUAAUGAUUCUCAGGGAACAUGCUGCAUUUCUGUAGCUUAGUCACCUGUUGUGCCACAGAAAAAACAGAGAUGUGCUUCAAAGCUCUAUAAUUAUGAAUGCAGACAAGCCUGGCUCUUUUGCAUUGUGGGGCCUAUUCUUUUGAUUUAAACGGUGGCUGAUCUAAACACAGCUGCUGUUUGAAUCAUUAAAGAAGGGAACUUUGUGAAAACCAGCAUCUCUUACUAUGUGUGUUGAUGUCUUUAGUGUGUAUUUAUCUUUUAAAAGUUUGAUACGGUCCUAAUCGAAUGUUUAAAUGGUGGCAGUAUUUAGAGCCACAACUGUAUAAAUCCAGGGAUGGAAAUAAGAUUCCUAAUGCAUAGUAAUUUGAUCCAUUUUUGGUUUUAUUAUUGGUUUAACAAUUCAUGCCUUAGCUUGAUAUAUACACUGUGUGGCUAAUCAAGCUUACAUUAAAACAUGGAAUGGGUAAAACUGCUAUGCAACAAGGGGCUUAUUUCCAUCCCUGGUUUAGAUCAGUUGAAUAUAGGGGUGUAUCUUCACUUUCAGAAACAGUGCUUUCAGAUCCUAGUUGUUCAUAAUUAAGUUUAUACAAAUUACAGGUUUUAAUACAGAUUCUUUCUAAAAUACAGUUUUGUAUAUUUAUAGGCACAGGUGUUACCAGCAUGUGAAGAAACAGACACUGCAAUGUAAACAAACCUGCAGGUCUGUUUUAAACCUGCUACCUGCUUCACCUAUAGGGUUUACAACAGGAUCUCAGUGACCAGAUUAGGGAAUGUUUUCAUGGGAGGUUCAAUCAAAUCCCAAGCUCUACUGUCCUGGUCGCCAGAAAGGUGUUUUAACAAAAUAUCAGGAAAUUGGAACGUAAAUGGUCGGGAGAAGACCUGUUAUAGAAGCAUUAAUUAGCAGCUGUGUGCAGAGGUAUUUAAUAUAUUUAAAUGUAAGUGAUUAUUGGUGAGUUUUUUCUUCUUCUUUCAAAGCAUUUCAGAAUGCAUCUUGGUUUGGUCCUGCAAUUUCAUGCCCGGUUUGAAGCAAAUGUCUUGUUUGUUGUUGAAUUCUGUUAUAAACGAGCAUCCAUAACUAUCUUGAACUUCUCAGUCUAGUAGACAGUUGUCUUUUUAUUCAGCUUGUUUUGGCUGUAUCAUUCAAUGUCAUUUGUAAUACGCCCACAGUUGAACUGCUCAUCGUCAUUUUUUUUAAACUUCACAUUUUUUCCAGUUGCCAAAAGUCAUCUUGUUCAUAAUUAAUGGAGUAGAAAGGAUGGAACCAGUUUCCUAUCCUGAAGAAUACCCAGCACCCAGCUUUAAAAAGAAUCUCAUUAAAAUGAGAGAAUGCUGAGCUUUCACAACUUGGUUAGAAUUUGAAACCAUUUUAACCAAGAAAGACUUAGAGGCCAAGAGAAACAUUCUAAAACAACAGGCUGUUCAAGUGUUAAAUAUGGAUUGGUAGGAAAAUGAGAUCCAGGAGCCUGUUCUUUUACACAGUUCACCUGGAUCUUUGGCAAUUUGUAUGCAAUACAGUGUACAUAGAACUGUAAGACUGACCCCAAGACAUUGUGGACUUGCCUUAACCAUCUCAAAAUGGUGUUACUGGGAAUUCAGUUGAGACUGCUUCAUUGCUAGAGGGCAGAGUUGUGUUGUCCAGUUUCCCUCUUCAAUGUCGGACAGAAUAGAAAUUGUAAUUUUGUCAGACAUGUACAAAGGCUUAACUUUACUCAUAGGCUGUUUCAUGUUCCACUGGUGGGCUGCCACAGUAACCUCACAGACCUGCAAUACAUGUGUGCAGCAUAUGAGCUGCUUCUUCAUGGUCCCAAUAUCCAAAAUACAUGAGAUCAUUACUGUAAAGAAGAUGCCUUCUUGGUUUAGGGAAAUUCUACAUGCAUGCUUAGAAGUGCAUUUUGAAACUUAAAAAUAUGUUUACACACAUGCCACGAUUAUUUUCUAACUGGAACAAGAAUUGACCCUAUGUUUUAAGCAUGGCUGUUGGAGAUAAACAUGCUUUUUCCAACAUUGCCCAUAAUGUCAAUCUCUUCCAGAGAAGCUGCAGUAGAACCGUGUUGCUUUAAAAAUGUGUUGCUUGCCAUACAGCUGUGUUCACUGGCUUUGCAGUCUUAUCUGGGUGGCCCAACACUGCUGCUAUUUCUUGUGGUUUUGGUCAGUAGGUCAGGUCUCUCUCACCUCCUCCUGCAGUGCUAAUUGUAACUGGUUUCUGAUUCACUCUCUUGACACACUGCAGUAUACACAGUCUUUGGGCCGUUUGUACAGCUUUUCUAACCAAUGAUGUCAGAAGGCCUGGAUCGAGAGAGGUGAAGAACCAUUUAGAAUUGGAACUUGUAUUUAAGUGCAAUUUGCCUUGUGUAGUAUUUUAACCAGUUCAUUUAUUAAUACCAUGCUGUUUUGCUUGCUUCCAGAUGUGUUCGUCUUAGGAUUUAAAUGGCACAAUCUACAAGACAUGUCAAAAGUAGACAGACACUCAGAAUAUAGAUGUGUGAAAUUGAUAUGUGAUGCAUUUUCUCUGCUGUACACAUCCAUUAAUUUAAUCAGAUGUAUGUUCAUUUUAAAGUAUGCUCCAAGUUAAAGAAAGCUCUGUUUUCAAGCCAUGCUGUUAGACUGUUUUGCACUUCCUGGGUCACCUGGACAGUGAAAUGGUCCCCACCUCUUCACUGGCUUUUUUCCUGUCAAUAACCAAUCAGCUGCUUCCUCUAUUGACUGACAUGCUCUGAGCCAGUAACAUGCUUUGACCAACA